CACGUCACCGCGUCUGGCGGCUCUGACGUGCGUGAGGCGCGCGCGUGCGUUGCUCCGGCGACAGCGGCCUGUGAGCAGGAUAAUCUGCCUUCAGUAUGAAUGACAGCGAUGAUGAUGACACCCAGCUGUCAGACUCUGCUUUGACUGCCCUGCAAGCGUUCUAUAUGCAGCAGCAACAUAAAGAAUUUGCACAAUUUGACAGGUACUCUGUUGGCUCCAUUGAAGAGAACUGGCAAUUAAGCCAGUUUUGGUACAGUGAUGAAACUGCAACACAACUAGCCCAGGAGGCCAUUAGAGCUGUUGGACGUGGUGGCAGAAUAGCUUGCAUCAGUGCCCCAAGUAUUUAUCAGAAACUGAAAGCACUUGGGAAUGAAGAAUUCUCUGUCGUUCUGCUGGAGUAUGACACUCGUUUUUCUGUGUACGGAGAGGAGUUUGUGUUCUAUAACUACAGCGAUCCUUUGAAGCUGCCUGAAAACCUCAAGCCUCACAGCUGUGACAUUGUUGUCGUGUCCCCACCGUACCUCUCGGAAGACUGUCUCAGCAAAACAGCACUUACAGUCAAAUAUCUCACAAAAGAGAAAAUUCUUCUUUGUACUGGUGCAAUCAUGGAGGAUUUAGCAGCAAAGUUACUUGAUGUGAAAAUGGGUAAAUUUCUACCAAAACACAACAGGAAAUUAGCAAAUGAAUAUCGUUGUUACACCAACUAUGCAACAAGAUUAGAUUCAGACUCCAUCUCUUAAUCUGUUUUAAAGAAUUUUUGUUUUCAAUAAAAAAAGGAUAUACAUGUG